UGCUAGACGACGCCUAUCUGCUCGAGGAAGAGACGUUCUCGUGGUAUUUGGCAGACGAUUUUUACCACGUCCGAAUUGGCGAAGUAUUCCAGUCAAAGUACCAAGUCCUCGGGAAGCUGGGAUUUGGGUCUGUUUCUACAGCUUGGCUUUGCCGCGAUCUAAUAGGCCAUGAAUAUGUCACAUUGAAGGUCUUCGUCAGCGGCCACCGCCAAGCCGAGAAUGAAGAAACGGUUCCACCAUCUGAGAACCAUCAAGACUGACCACCCGGGCGUCACGGGCAUCCGCUCUCUCCGAGUCUCAUUUCAACUUCCAGGGAAACGCGGCCCGCAUGAAUGCCUCAUCCACGACGCACUGGGUCUCACCUUGGGCGAAAUCCGCGAGAUGAGCGACGGGGAAAAGGUCUCCAUAGACCUACAAAGGCCUUUUACCAAGUGCCUGCUAUAUGCUCUAGAUUUCCUGCAUACUGAGGCGCAUGUCGUUCAUACCGAUAUCCAAGAAGGUAAUAUCAUGAUCGCCGUCAAAGAAGACAUCAUCUUCAAGACUUUCGAGCAGGAGGAGAUGGAGGAGCCCAGGUUGCGGAAGGUAGAUGGAGAGCGUAUCAUUUACGCGUCGCGCGCGCUUGAUAUCCCUGACGACGCCUCCCAUAACGUGCUCUGUGAUUUUGGCGACGCGCAGUUCGGAGCUGAGACGUAUGAGGGCGAGGUAAUGCCGUAUCUGUAUCGAGCGCCUGAGAUUGUGCUUGGUAUACCCUGGAAUGAGAAAAUAGAUAUCUGGGCUGUGGGAAUGAUGGUGAGUGUAAUGGUAUGGGACUUAUAUGAGGGGAAACACAUGUUCAAGGAACGGCUACCGAGCAGGAUGGAAUCGGUCCCUGCGCACAUUGCUAGGAUGAUUGCGUUGCUGGGGCCGCCACCGAAGGAGUUGUUAAAGCGAGGGCAAUUCUCAGAUAUGUUUUUUGAUGAGGAUGGAGACUUUACGAGAGACGUCAAAGUGGAAGAAACAUCUUUAGAAGAUGAAGAGGAGAAUCUACAAGGGGAGGAAAAGAGGAAAUUUCUGACUUUUUCGAGUGGGAUGGUGCGGUGGAUGCCGGAGGAGAGAAAGACGGCUAAGGAGCUGAUUGAUGAUCCAUGGCUGAAUAAUUUAUAAGCUAUGAGCAUUCUAUCCGAGAAACGAAGAUGACAAUUAUUGCCUUGGGGUGACAUUACCCUUUUAUCAAUUACAGCUACAAUGGACACUAUCUGCAACGGCCGGCACGUGAACCACUGUUGUGCCUGGCUCGCCUCCCGGAACCGUCGUAUUCACGUGAGCGAUUGUCAUUCCAGGCGCCCCUCCCGGGAUCACUGUAUACAAAUACGGG